AUGGCUGAGAUAUUCUACAAUGCCUUGGGCUCGUUAACUGACUUUGAUUUUUUGGUGGGAGCAAAUCCUUUUUUUCUGGGAAAAAUCUGCCGUUGUUGGAGGGAUGUCGUUUGGUCAACUCCAAUCCUUUGGACAACCCUGUAUCUACGGCUGUCGUCGGAUAACUACAAGGCCCAAACUGUUCUUCUCCGUGACUGGCUGUCCAGAACCGGAAAACGCCCCAUCUCCUUCUGUCUUGAUAUGGAGGACUUUCUGGAGACGCGGCCGCGGCGGUAUCAUGCUCCGGUAAAAGUUUUGACCCUCUUUGCGUCUAUCUCAGAACGAUGGAGAGAAAUAUACAUCUCUUUUCACAACCUCCAAGCUUGCUUCAACAUCAUUUCCCCCGCCAAACAAUCCCUACCCCUUCUUACUACUGCUACUAUUUACGUAGCUUCAACAGGAUAUGAGUUGGAUUUACUCAGGCUCAUGGCUCCGCAACUCUCACAACUUCAUCUUCAUGCUAGUCGCUCCUUCGGGCUCUUGCGCAAGGUGCUAGUAGUUCCAUGGCACCAAUUGCAGGAGUUUUUUGCAGAAUCCUGUUACAGGGAUGAGAUUCGGUUUUUUCUCCAAAAUGCGCUUCAUAUAGUCCGCUGCACAUUUACAGCCAUUGAAUCAAGGUAUCUGGAGCGUUCACUGGAGCAAGAACUCCAUCGGCCGCUCCUGUUGGAACAUCUGCAAUAUCUCGAGCUCCAUUUUGAAGUUGACAAUGUCUUUGUUGAAUCAGGUUGGAUUUUCAAAGGGCAAGUCAGAUUUCCUUCUUUGCGUGAAUUCUCCCUCUACAACCCGGCGGAGAACGGGCCGCAGGACGCUGUCCUGCUUCAAAUCACAAACUCGUUUCAAUCCUCGCCUCUGUUGGAAAGAUUUACUUGGAGUGCCAUGAUAAUGUCGAACCAUGAUUUGAUUCAGGCUUUGAAAAACAUCCCGUCAGUGAAGGAUCUAUCCCUCAACUUCCUCAGUUAUCCACGCAUCAAGUUACUCAACGGAGAAUUCUUGCAACGGCUCUACUCAGGAAUUCUUCUCCCCAAUCUGCGAAGCUUCUCGUACCACGGCGCCACUUCACUCAAUGAACACAUGCAUUUGUUCCGAGAUGUGCUUGUGCACAGAUUCCGAAAGUGCGCUACGCGAGCCGACAAGAUAGGCUCCGAACGAACGACUGUAGCUCAAAUCAAGUCGGUGAGCAUGACGAGUACGUCUGAACUUGUCGUCAGUUCGGAUAUACAAGAAGAAUUAAACAGCCUUGUGAAAGCAGGCCUUGAAUUUACGUUGCACUUUUGUACCCACCUCGGGAUGAAGUCGCUCCGAACAUUGAAUGGUGUUUUAUUGCUGGAAUGA